UCCAUUCAUAGUUUCACUUCGAGAACAUGUCUCGAAGGCAUUUUGGUAAGUAAUCCAAUUGUAUAUCUACGAAAUGAUUCGAACUACUUUGGCCACCUGAAGCGAGUUAUGACACUGAUCAAUAACCUAUUGUACGUAUUUAUGUUAAGGCGAGUCCAUGCAAUAAGUAAGGGUAAAAUCAAACGAAAGUGGCGUUAACAAAUCAACCCUAUUUAGCCACUUGAAUUUAUGUCGUUAAAUCACGCUUGCCUAUGAGCAUGCGCAUACAAAUAAAGCAAAUGAGAACCUCACCUAUUGCCAAAAUUCCAUUCGACCUCUUUGUAGUUUCCUCCGACCUUCAAAUCUCGUAAGGAUGGAAUAACAGUAACCCAAAACUAAAGACUGUCUUCUCUACUAUUUCACAGCAGAGCACCGUGGUGGACAGCGGUCUGUGUACGAUGUACUAUGGUGUAUUGACUCAGAGAUGGAAACUAUCCAACUGAUACUUUUAGCUUACUCAAUAACACUUGGAAUCACUGUGCUGUGUUUUUACAGAGGGUCAAGUAAUGUGGAACAUGUAAAGACACCAUGCGAAGCAGAAUCAGGAAAUGUGGAAUAUGUAAAACCACAAAGCAAAGCAGUAUCAAGAAAUAAAGAACAUAGAAAGCUACAAAGCAAAGCAACAUCAAAUGAUAUGAUACCUGUAAAGCAACAAUCAAAAGAAGCAUUUACCAUUGAGCCCUGGAAAAGUAGAAUGGACGCCUUGAAGAGAGGCUGUGCAUCAGGACGUAAACGAUACCAACUUACCACUUCACAAGUUUCACAGCUGUACUACAGUUCUAGUCGGGCAGGUUUCUCUGUCUGUAAAGUACCAAAGGCGGGGAGUACAUUCUGGACGAUCAUGUUUCUGAUUCUGCAACACCAAAAACCUCCGGAAAAAGUAUUUUUGAUCCCAAGGUACAAACUUCACAAUAAGGUCAGUGGCCGUGAAUCACGUCAACCCCCAAACGACUCGUCAUUAAAUAUUAUCGUUUCACGCGACCCGUACACACGCCUGUUUUCAGGUUUUAUCGAUAAGGUCUUCUUAGCAGGACGGAAAAUGGAAGAAAAUCAAGACACCAGCAAUGCAUACAUCAUAAACGAUUUAGUAUGUGGCUAUAAUACAACUUUUGCCGAUUUCCUAGAUGUCAUUACCAAAAACGCUUUAAAUGGAGGGAAAAUUAAUCGACACUUAGCACCGGUUUAUUUGCUGUGCAGUGCUUGCAAUAUCAAAUAUCAAGUGGUGUCGCAUGUGGAAACGUUAACAGCCGACACAGAAUACAUUGUGGACAAAUUACAAGUUUCUGAUAGUAAGAAAAGGUCUUUGAAGCAGGUGUUCCACAGGGAGGAAAUUAACAAAACUCUCGGAGGAUUACUAGCAAGUGAACUACGUCCAUUGAGAUUACCAAAGGAAAAAUGUCCAGAUCAGCUAGCAUAUCUAUAUAAACUCUGGCAGUCCCUUCAGAUACAAGGCUAUCUGCACAUACAAAGUACUUUUCCCUGGGACUUUUUCGAGAAGGAAAAUAAUUUUGAAGAGAGCUCCAUUGUUAAGCUAAUACUGGACACAAUGGCGGGUCGUCCACUGUCAAACAAAGACAGGAAGUUACAAAGACGCGAUGCCUUGGUAUCUGCGUACAAAAAUGUAGGAAUAGAAACUAUCAAAAGAAUACAGAAAAUGUUUAUGUUGGAUUUUCGUUUAUUUGGUUAUGAUAUUAACCCACCAUCGUGAAUGAUGUUCGUCCUAAAGUAAUGGACUGUAUAUAAAUAGAAUGACCAUAGUUAAUUAUAUUGAUGAUAUUUGAAAAGACGAGGUUAAAAUCUGGCCAGACCAGAUAUCCUUUUGAAAUUUAGCAAAAAUGGUUAUCUACGGUACCAAAAUAAGACUGCUUCAUUGCUGAAUAUAGGAAAGUAUUGUAGUCAGUGUUUUUAUACCCUGAAGUUAGGUAGAAUCGGCCAUAAUGGGCUAACAACUUAAGCAGCAGACUCCUCUUAGAAUUUCAAAGUAUAGUGAAUACAAAAAGUUAUAAUUAUUGGAGGUUUAAAUCAGUUUCAGUACCAAUUUGAUGGAAAAUUGGACCUUAUUGAAAAUGACCUGUCCCAGGUCCUCUAACAAAUUUGUAUCAAUUUCCUUUAUAUGAAAAAUACCUUUCACAAUUUAGUGAAUUUUGGAAAAAGUUUCUUGAAUGAUUUAAUUAAUUAAUAACGGGCUUAUAUCGUCGUUGUCUUUUUUUAACUAUUUUAUUGUAUUCAUAUUGGUCUGUAUGUUGUUGAUUGAAACGCUUAUUCAUUUAGUAAACUUUGCCGUGACUACCUGUAUUCAUAGUCACUAGUGUCAUAGUGUCAAAUGUAUGAAAUUUGUUUUUAAAAAUGAAAUUACCAUUCACGAAAAGGAAGGCAGAAUGACUCAUAAGACAUUUUCAAAUAAUUUGAAUGUAUGAAAUUAUCCAUGCAGUUUAAAUGUUUA